UUUUCAAGAGUUCAGUAAAAAGUUGUUAAAAUUAAGUUAAAACUUAGUUUUAACACUCUUACAAGUUAAGUGCUUGCAUUCGUGGUCAUCCCAAGAUGCCCCUUUUCGAUUCGGUGCUUCAGGAGAAGCCAGCCAUCGUGCUGGAAAUGGGUUAUGCAUUCACCAAAUUGGGUUUUGCUGGCGAACCCCACCCCCGUAGCAUCAUUCCGUCGGAGGUGUUGGAUCACAAGGCGAAAAGUGCCAGCCAAACGACACCGAACAAGAAACUUUUCGACUAUGCCAGCGAGGCGGAACUGUACGACCAGAUAGUGGAGUUUUUGAAGAUCAUCUUUUUCAAGUACGUUCUGGUCAGCCCCAAGGAACGAAAGGUGGUGAUUGUGGAAUCUGUUCUAUGUCCCACGCUGAUACGGGAAAAUCUGGCCAAGGCGCUGUUCUGCCACUUUGACGUUUCAUCAAUAUUCUACGUUCCGACGCAUUUAGUCGUUUUGGCCACGCUGGCUGUCGAUACCGCGCUGGUGGUCGAUAUUGGGUACAAGGAGGCGGCCGUAGUUCCAGUGUACAGCGGAGUUCAAGCUGUUUUUGCUUGGGAAGCUCAACCGUUGGCCGCGGAAGCUGUUCAUGAGCAGAUCAAGGGGGAGUUGAUUCUGAACGGGGUUGAGGAGCAUUUGCUGACGGAUUAUGUGGUUGAAGACAUUAAGGUUCGAACGUGCUUUGUAACCACGAAAGAACGAGCUGUAAAGUGGCGGAUGAAUGAAAGCUUCCAAGCUUGUCCCGAUGUAGAUUACCCCAUCAAAGGAGACGAAGUGAUUAAGAUCUCUGGGGUUCUGCGGGAGACUGCAUUCGAAGUACUGUUCCCCGAGGAUAACGACCACCUCAAUUUGGCGAAUAUAGUUCUGAACUCAAUUUUGAAGUGUCCAAAGGAUAUGCGAAAGGUAUUGGCAGAAAAUAUCGUUCUCGUUGGGGGUUCAAGCAUGGUUCUUGGAUUGGCAGCGCGUCUCAAAGCGGAGUUGCUGGCACUGCUCCAGUCCGAACAGUACAGAGAUAAGCUAUUUCUGAAGACGUUCAAAUUCCACAAACCGCCAUCAAAGGCGAAUUUCACCGCUUGGCUUGGAGGGUCCAUCUACGGAGCGACGGAUUUGGUACUGUCAAAGUCGAUCGCUCGGGAAGCGUACAGCAAAAGCCAACAGCUGUCGGACUUUACAAACUAUGAUGAAACACGGUCGCAUGGAAGGAUCUAGCAGUACCGAAGGAUUCUGAAUCUAUAACCCUCUAUAUAAUAUAUUAUUGUACUACUUCUGCUGCACACUUUAUUUAAUAAAUUA